AAAACCAAUCUCAAUGCCAUUUUGUAGGUCUAUUACAAUGGCAACGGGCUCGACAACCAUCCAACGGGUCCAGACACAACACCACUCAUUCUGCCGGCAGAAACGAGGACCCCUCACAAAGAAAUGACCGUAGAUGAAGUAAUAUUCUCAUUAUCAUGGGCUCCCUCAACCUCCAACUUUACCUUUUUCAAUGACUCUUCCAGUGCUCAGCACAGUUUGGUCAGGCUAGAGCAGCCUAGGGCCCAAUACUGUGUGGGGGAUACACUGAAUGUGCUCGUGGAGAUGAGGAACUAUGCAGGGCACCCAAAAGCCUAUGGUGGAGACUUCAUCCUGGCCCGGAUCCACUCUCCAGAGCUUGAGGCAAGUGCAUCAGGAGACAUCACUGACUUCCAAAAUGGAUCCUAUCACGUGCAGUUCCGCUUGUUUUGGCCCGGAGAGGUGCAAGUCUCUGUGCGUUUGAUCCAUUCCUCUGAGGCAGUUAAGAUCCUCCAGGGAGACUGGAUGCAGGACUACAAUAAGGUCACGCACAUAGGAACCUUUAUCAACGGGAAAAAAAGAGAGAAAUCUCAGUGUGCCUUCCGCCUGAGCUCAAACAGACCCUUGUGUGAGUACAGGAAGAAGGAGGAUGGAGAAUAUUAUGCUUGUUAUCGUCCCAAGACCCUUCCCUGCAACUCUCUGACCACCAUGCAGUCCUACAGCCAAUCAGGUCCUAAACUCACAAAGGAGGAGGCUCAGCUAUUAGCCAAGGAGAACACUGGACUGGAAAUAGAAAACGGCUUCAACCCUGUGACCGUCGUCGGUUGUAUUGGUGCACUGCACAGACCAAUGGAAAAGUGUGCGGUAGGAAUGAAUUCCCCUUUUCCUGGGGGAUAUUUCCAUUCAAAAAGGUGGUCUUCUUCCUUCUGUCAGAUAGGCCCCUUUCUCAGUAAAGUUACCAUUCAGAGAUGUUUAAAGGGGAAGACUCUUUACCUAUUGGGUGACUCUACUGUACGUCAGUGGAUGGAGUAUUUGAGAAGGCUGAAAGUUCUGCAAACUAUAAAGGGAUCUCGUUUAGAAUCAUUCUUCGCUGCCGACACCAAUAGCAACAUCACCGUCCGGUGGAUAAGGCAUUAUCAUCCCUGGCUUAGUCAUUUGCCAUGCAAGAUAAAGACAUCAGUCACCAUUCCACAAGUACUGGACCGCAUAGCUGUUGGUGGCAGGCGGAAAGAUGUGAUCGUGGUCAUCGGAAUCGGCCAGCAUUUUCGGCCCUACCCCCCAGAAGUCUUUAUCCGAAGGCUACAAAGUAUCCGCCGGGCGAUUCUGCGGUUACAUGCCCACAGCCCCCAGACAGUUGUUGUUAUAAAGCUGGAGAACAGUAUUAAACUGAAGUCAUCGAUGAUAAGUGACAGCAACUGGUAUGGCUACAUUCAUAACCUGGCUCAGAGGAAGGUGUUCAAGGACCUGAACGUGGCUCUGGUUGAUGCCUGGGAUAUGACUAUUGCUGCCAACACUUUUAACGUCCACCCUAAUGAUGUAGUUGUGUCUAAUCAGGUGGCUCUGGCUCUGUCAUUCUCCUGUCAUUAAGCAUUGGUUCUCUCUAAAAG